AUGACAACAUUUUCAAUAGCUUCGAUUCUCGGUGAUCAAAAUGAUAAACACGAAGAAGAAAAUAGUUCUAUUGAAGAAGAAGAAGAGCAACAACAACAACAGCAACAAUUUAUUUUAAACAAUGGUGUACAACAUUUGUACAAUUUAUUUUGCAAAAAUGCUGUUGUUGCGGCUCAUUUAAAUGAACAAAAUCAUAACAAAAACAAUUCAAUAAGAUCUUUUUCACUUGGAUCAGUUCCAUCUUGUUCAAAUGACUUUUAUCAAUUACAUAAACUGAAUGGCGCAUCCUAUCAAGGUCCGACUAUAUCUUAUUAUGGAAAAUCUCGUCGUCCGCGUACGGCAUUUACAUCUCAACAAUUGCUCGAACUUGAAAAACAAUUUCGAGAAAAUAAAUACUUGUCAAAAUCAAAACGUUUUGAAGUGGCCACAUCUUUAAUGCUAAGUGAAACACAAAUCAAAAUAUGGUUUCAGAAUCGUCGAAUGAAAUGGAAACGUAACAAGAAAAUGCCAUCUGGUACUUUAGAAGAAUCGCCAACAUCAAUGCUUAUUAAAGGAGAACCGUCCGAUAUGGCUGAUUCAAUAUCGUCAUUAGUUACUAUGAGUCCUACUUAA